AUGGAGGAGGAGAAAACGCCUUUACUGUUUGAGAUUGAUAGCUACUGGGAGAAUGAUUCAUCAACAAACAUAUGCUUAUCGGAGACUGAGCUAAGCAAUUCGACUGAGAUAAAAGAAGCGGGCUUCAAGAUAGACUGGUCGGAGGAAAAACAUGACGAGAUUAAGAAAGCAAAUGUUGGUGGUACUCAAGUCCAAGGAUUUAAGGCAGCAUGGAAGAGAGCAAAGGCUCGGAUGGAUAGGGAUAACAAGAAAAUGAUAGCUGGUUUCAAAAAGAUGACCGAUGCCGAAGAAUGGAAGGCAGCAUGGAAGAGAGCAAAGGCUCGGACGGAUAGAGAUAAUAAGAAAAUGAUAGCUGGUUUCAAAAAGAUGACCGAUGCCCAAGAAUGGAAGGCAGCAUGGAAGAGAGCAAAGGCUCAAACGGACAGGGAUAACAAGAAAAUAAUAGCUGGUUUGAAAAAGCUGACCGAUGCCCAAGAAUGGAAGGCAGCAUGGAAGAGAUCAAAAGGCUCAGGUGGAUAG